AAAAAAAAAAAAACUCGAACUUCAAAAACUUGAAAAUUGUACAGAGACAGCCACUUUUCCCUUCUACGUUAAAAACUUGAAAAACUCCGACGACCGUUGUCUCCUUUAUACGUCGUCGUUUUCAGCCUCCAUAUAUAAACAAAACGCACAACAAGGGGGAUUUUUUCUGUACCCAGUCAACUCUCUCUCCGCCAUUUUUGACCCGGCUCAAGCUUUUGAGUUUUCUCUAAGCUCAUUUCUGCUCUUUCCACCAAAUUCAAGUUUCAAUUCCUGCUUUUACACUCCCAAUUUUUAGUUCAAUUUUCAAUUUUUUUUGGAUCUGAAUUCGAAAUUCUCAUUUUGUGUUUUUUUUUUCAAAAACCCUAAAUUGCGAUGAUGAUUUAGGGUUAAGGGUUUUAUGAUGGUAUUGAAGGGGAUUGUGUGGUUGAUUUAGGGUAUAGGGUAAAAAAAGGGUUUUUGAUUUUACAGGUAGUUGAAAAAUGAUGGUACAAAGGGGGUUAUUUGGGUGGUCCCCACCGCAUAUACAGCCGUUAACGCCGGUGUCGGAAGUAUCGGAGCCGCCGGAAUCUCCUUCUCCUUAUACGGAUACAGGAGGUGAUGCUAUGCAGGUUGAGUUAGAGGAGGAGAUGGAUGCUGAUACGGAGGAGAUGGAACCUCCGCCAACAGCUGCACCGUUUUCGAUGCUGUUUGCUUGUGCGGACCGGUUAGAUUGGGUGCUUAUGAUAUUAGGAUCAGUUGCUGCAGCUGCACAUGGAACUGCUUUGGUGGUUUACUUGCAUUACUUUGCUAAGAUUAUUCAGUUGCUUAGUCAUGGUUCUGAAUCCGCUGAUGAUCUAUUUGACCGCUUCACUGAGCUUGCCUUGAUCAUCCUAUAUAUUGCUGGGGGUGUUUUUGUUGCUGGUUGGAUUGAGGUAUCAUGUUGGAUUCUUACCGGAGAACGGCAGACUGCGGUGAUCAGAUCAAGAUAUGUUCAAGUAUUACUAAAUCAAGAUAUGAGUUUUUUUGAUACCUAUGGAAACAAUGGAGACAUUGUGAGCCAAGUUUUGAGUGAUGUGCUACUUAUUCAAUCUGCUCUUAGUGAAAAAGUUGGGAAUUAUAUUCAUAACAUGGCUACUUUUUUCAGUGGCCUUGUUAUUGGAUUUGUCAAUUGCUGGCAAAUUGCCCUUAUAACUUUAGCAACUGGCCCUUUUAUUGUUGCAGCUGGGGGAAUAUCAAAUAUAUUUCUUCAUAGACUUGCAGAGAACAUUCAGGAUGCAUAUGCUGAAGCAGCAAGUAUAGCUGAACAGGCAGUUUCUUAUAUUAGGACAUUGUAUGCAUUCACAAAUGAAACUUUGGCCAAGUAUUCAUAUGCUACCUCGCUACAAGCUACACUGAGGUACGGUAUAUUAAUAAGUCUUGUGCAAGGACUUGGACUUGGCUUCACGUACGGGCUUGCAAUUUGUUCCUGUGCCUUGCAACUGUGGGUUGGAAGAUUCCUGGUCACACAUGGAAAAGCUCAUGGCGGUGAAGUUGUUACAGCUCUUUUUGCUGUAAUUCUAAGUGGCCUUGGGCUGAAUCAAGCAGCAACAAACUUUUACUCUUUUGAACAAGGGAGAAUUGCAGCUUAUAGGCUAUUUGAGAUGAUCAGUCGUUCGUCCUCCGUUGCUAAUAAUGAAGGAACCACCCUUCCUUCUGUGCAAGGAAACAUUGAGUUCCGAAAUGUAUAUUUCAGCUACCUCUCUCGCCCUGAAAUUCCUAUCUUGAGUGGAUUUUAUCUCACUGUACCUGCUAAAAAGGCUGUAGCUCUUGUUGGAAGAAAUGGUUCCGGCAAAAGUAGUAUUAUACCACUUAUGGAGCGGUUUUACGAUCCUACAUUAGGGGAAGUCCUGUUAGAUGGGGAAAACAUUAAAAACCUGAAGCUGGAAUGGCUGAGAAGCCGAAUUGGCUUAGUCACCCAGGAACCUGCCUUGCUAAGUCUGAGCAUCAGAGAUAACAUUGCUUAUGGACGAGAUGCUUCUUCAGAUCAAAUUGAAGAAGCUGCGAAAAUAGCACAUGCCCAUACGUUUAUUAGCUCACUGGAGGGAGGAUAUGAGACUCAGGUGGGUAGGACUGGUCUAACUUUGACCGAAGAGCAAAAAAUUAAACUUUCUGUUGCUAGGGCUGUUCUUUCGAGUCCUUCUAUCCUUCUUCUUGAUGAAGUUACUGGUGGACUUGAUUUUGAAGCUGAGAGAUCUGUUCAGGGAGCACUGGAUCUCCUCAUGUUGGGCAGAUCAACUAUAAUAAUAGCAAGGAGACUUAGUCUUAUCCGAAAUGCUGAUUACAUUGCCGUGAUGGACGAAGGCCAAUUAGUUGAAAUGGGAACACAUGAUGAACUGAUAGCACUGGAUGGCCUCUAUGCCGAGCUUCUUAAAUGUGAAGAAGCAGCAAAACUCCCUCGCAGGAUGCCAAUGCGAAACCACAAGGGGACUGCGGUGUUUCAAGUUGAAAAAGAUUCUUCAGCUAGUCAUAGCUUCCAAGAACCUUCUUCUCCAAAGAUGAUGAAAUCACCAUCUCUUCAAAGGGUUUCUGGUGCCCAUGCAUUUUGGGCAGCAGAUGUUACAUUUAGUUCUCAAGAAUCUCCCCACAACCGUAGCCCGCCACCGGAGCAAAUGGUUGAGAAUGGUAUGCCCUUGGAUUCAGCUGAUAAAGAACCAUCAAUAAGAAGGCAGGAUAGCUUUGAGAUGAGACUGCCAGAGCUUCCUAAGAUUGAUGUUCAAUCUGCAAAUCGGAAGUUGUCCAACAAUUCUGAUCCCGAAUCACCUGUCUCACCACUCUUGACAUCUGAUCCCAAAAAUGAGCGUUCUCACUCACAAACUUUUAGUCGUCCUAACAGUGAGUUUGAUGACUUUCCUAAUACAUCCGAAGAAACAAAGGAUACAGAGAAUCGAGAACCACCAUCCUUCUGGAGACUUGUUGAGCUUAGCCUUGCAGAGUGGCUUUAUGCUCUACUAGGGAGCACGGGUGCUGCAAUAUUUGGUUCCUUUAAUCCCCUAUUGGCCUAUGUCAUUGCAUUGAUUGUAACUGCAUAUUACACAACAGAUGAUAAGCAUCACUUACGGCGAGAUGUUGACAGGUGGUGCCUCAUCAUAGCCUGUAUGGGUGUAGUGACUGUAUUUGCCAAUUUUCUGCAGCACUUCUAUUUUGGUAUAAUGGGAGAGAAAAUGACUGAGCGAGUUCGGAGGAUGAUGUUUUCUGCAAUGCUUCGCAAUGAAGUCGGGUGGUUUGACGAGGAGGAGAAUAGUGCUGAUAAUCUAUCAAUGCGCUUGGCAAAUGAUGCUACAUUUGUGCGUGCUGCUUUCAGCAAUCGCCUGUCCAUAUUCAUACAAGAUACUUCAGCUGUUAUUGUGGCUAUUCUUAUUGGGAUUCUACUUCAGUGGCGGUUGGCACUCGUGGCAUUAGCCACUCUUCCUGUUCUUACCGUGUCUGCUGUUGCGCAGAAAUUGUGGCUUGCUGGUUUGUCAAAGGGUAUUCAGGAGAUGCACAGGAAGGCAUCGUUGGUCCUUGAGGAUGCUGUUAGAAAUAUCUAUACAGUUGUAGCAUUCUGUGCUGGUGAUAAGGUAAUGGAGCUCUACAGGUCGCAAUUGCAGAAGAUAUUUACGAAAAGCUUCCUCCAUGGCGUGGCAAUUGGUUUGGCUUUUGGCUUUUCACAGUUUCUUCUUUUUGGUUGCAAUGCUCUUCUCCUUUGGUAUACUGCACUCACUGUAAAAAAUAAGCACGUGAAUCUAACUACAGCGCUCAAGGCGUUCAUGGUGUUCUCAUUUGCAUCUUUUGCACUUGUUGAGCCUUUUGGGUUGGCUCCAUAUAUUCUCAAAAGAAGAAAAUCUCUGACCUCAGUAUUCGAAAUAAUUGACCGAGCACCAAAGAUUGAUCCAGAUGACAACUCGGCCUUAAAACCGCCAAAUGUCUAUGGAAGUAUUGAGUUGAAAAACAUUGAUUUCUCAUAUCCAUCUCGACCAGAAGUCCUGGUACUGAGCAAUUUCACACUAAAAGUCAACGGAGGGCAAACUGUAGCUGUGGUAGGUGUUUCUGGCUCAGGAAAGAGCACAAUUAUAUCUUUAAUAGAGAGGUUUUAUGACCCUGUUGCUGGUCAGGUUUUACUUGAUGGCCGUGAUUUAAAGUCAUACAAUUUACGAUGGUUGAGGAACCAUUUAGGACUUGUUCAGCAGGAACCAAUUAUCUUUUCAACCACCAUUAGGGAAAACAUAAUCUACGCAAGGCACAAUGCUAGUGAAGCUGAGAUGAAAGAAGCCGCUAGAAUAGCAAAUGCUCAUCAUUUCAUCAGCAGUUUGCCUCAUGGUUAUGACACACAUGUUGGGAUGAGGGGGGUAGAUCUGACUCCUGGGCAGAAGCAAAGAAUUGCAAUAGCUCGUGUUGUUCUGAAGAAUGCACCUAUUCUGUUAUUGGACGAAGCAAGCUCCUCCAUUGAAUCUGAGUCGAGCCGAGUGAUACAAGAGGCACUUGAUACUCUAAUCAUGGGGAACAAGACAACUAUUUUAAUUGCCCACCGAGCUGCCAUGAUGAGGCAUGUUGACAACAUAGUUGUACUUAAUGGAGGGAGGAUUGUUGAGGAAGGUACCCAUGAUACACUGAUGUCAAAAAAUGGUUUGUAUGUCCGCCUGACGCAACCUCACUUUGGGAAAGGAUUGCGUCAGCAUAGGCUUGUUUAAAAACAGAAGCAAUGCAACUGAAGAUACU